AUGGAAUUCCGCGUCCUCUCGCAAUGUUCAGACUAUCCCAAAUCAUCCGUCCAGAGGGACAUCCCAAAGGCCGGGAGUCGUUUCUCUGUGUGUGAAGCGGUCUUCACCUUCCCUCAGCUUCCCCUUCCCUCAGCUUCCCUCCGCUGGGCUCGGCUCGGCUGGGCGAUCCGAGCUGAUGGUGCCAGAGAAGCCGGCCUUGCAGCUGCAACCGUCCACCACGCUCUCAUACAAGGGGAGAUGAAUAGCUCCGAAGUGACCCGCUCCAAAGAUGGGGUACCACAGUGGAAUGGAGAUGCCUCCACUUACCAAGAAUACGAAGAACAAGCCCUCCAGUGGGAACAGAGCAUCCCCUACCACAAACGAUACCUAGCUGGACCAAAGUUGGUGGCCGAGCUCUCGGGACCAGCUCGGAAGCAUGUCACAGGAAAACGGCCGCAGUGGUUGUCAUUCAAUGGAGGUGUCCAACACUUGCUGGAACACCUUCGUGAAUGCCUGGGGAGGCCCACGAUUUCAGAGUUGACAGAGUUUUUGAAUCGCUACUUCCGCCAGAGCCGCCGGAAGAAGUUCGAGACCAUGAACACCUACAUCACCCGAAAGACUGAGGUGUACCAUCGUGCUCGGCAAGCCUUAGCUCGAGUACAGAAGUUCUAUGGUCAGAGCGUCUCGAUCAUCAUGGUGAGCCAAAUGAAGAAGUCCGAGUUGAUCGAAGCGCUCAGGAAGCAGGGCGAGACUCCUCCGGAAAAAUGGGGAGUCGUCGAACUGCGGGCACGGGUCCUCCAGAUCUACGAGGAACGCGGCAUUCCCACCAAGAAGAAUCAGCGCACCGACAUGCGCGAGAUGGUGGUGCAGCUCAACAAGGCCAGCAGCCGGAAGAACACGUUGCAGCAGCAUUGCCGCGACUUGGGAAUUCCAGUGACUGGAAACGAGACCAAACCACAACUUCAGAAAGCCGCCGUGAUCCGCAUCUACGAGAAGAGUACACCGGACCCAAUGGACCCGGUGGGCUUUGGGAAGGCAGCAGCUCUGACCUAUGCAGAGAUCCGGUCCGACACCCAAUACUGCAACUGGGUCCGGACUACAUGGAAGGAAGACCCGCAGGGAUGUUGCCCCCAGUUGGGUCGCCUUGCCCAAUGGCUCAUUGCCGAGGAGCGCAAGAUGUUCGACUCCAAGGAUGCCGAGAUCCUCCCUGUGAAGACACAGGGCUAUCAUCACGACGAGCCCACACCCAUGGUGACACCAGCUCCAACGCGUGUUCGAGUGAAGCAAGAGUCAGCAGCCAGCUCAGCUGGGAGUGCCAAUUCGUCCACGGCAGUCAUGGAAAUGAUGGGAAUCCUCACCGAGACCGUGAAGGAACUCAAGGAGGAGGUGGCGGAACUCUCCAGCCAAAAGAGGGCCCACAAGACACCAGGCUCAGACGACAGCUUCACGAAGAUCUGA